AUGACGGAUGCGGUGUACCGUUCCACCGAUCGCUUCUUCAAGGAGAGCGCCUCGGCGCUGGGGCGGCAGUUUUCCAUCAUCUUCCGCAACCUGCAGGGGGCGCCGUCGAGCCGGCCCCGGCGCGUGAACGAAUGCCUCGCCGACCUCCUCGACCUCCUCGUCGCCCACCCGAAGGAGAUCGCGGAGCUGGGCCUCCUCGACUACCUCUUCCAGCUCGUGAACGAGACGUUCGAUGACUCGUACAAAAAAGGGCUUCAGGCCCUUCGCGUCGUUUUCGACGCACACAUUGGCGACCAACACGAGGAGCGCUCCCGCUGCGUGGCACUCCUGAUGAAGCAGGCGGCACGAGGCAAGUGUGAGGAGGAUUGCGCCGCCGUGCUGCAGGACUUAGGCGAGGUGCUGCAGGAGAAUGUCCGCUCCACCUCCGACAUGCUGGGCAGGUACUUGAAUCGCGCAAUCGCCAUGAUGCGGCAGGGGGCUUCGCUGCAUGAGAGGGCGGUGGGGUGUCAAAUACUUGCGACCAUGGUGGCAACAAGCUCUGGCGUCAUCAAGCGAAGUCCGGCGCUCUUGGACACUUUGAAUGCCUCCUGUUCCCCACUGUUUCUCCUGCAGGAGACCCUUGACAGCGCGUUUAUGUGGCAUCGGCACGCGCUUGUGGGUCUGCUUACAAGCGUCGUUGAGAAACACUGCAUCGAGGUCUCCGCCUCAAUGGCGGCUCAACUCUCUGCCCUGGUGGCGGAAGGUAUCGAAACCGCGGAUGAACAAGGACGGGUGUUAGGCCUCUUGACGGCCAUCGAGACCGUGGCAGCUUCUCCGACGCUUCAAAGUGCACCGUGGCCUUUAAAGGCAAUACACUCAUUCCUGACGGAGCGUGACUGGAAUAGCUCCUCAAGCGAAGUCUGCGUCAUGGUCCCACGAGCGACCGGCAAGGCCUUGUGCUUGUUUAGAAACGAUGCGGAGCUGUAUGCUGGGGUGGUGCGGUGCCUUUUGUCGUACAUUUCGGACUGGGAGGAAAGCGUCGCGGUGGUUGCGCUUUCGACGUUGUACGACAUUCUCAAGGAUGCAAACAUUGCGCCGCACGGCGAGCUUGCGGUGGGUGCAAUAUGUGAUUUUAUUGUUAAAUUUCCCUUUCGCCAGCUCCCGUUUGACGCGCUGGGGCGCCUGCAAGCGCAGUGCGGGGAGCAACAGCUGGCCGGCGUGGAUGCGCUGCUUGAUCGCAUUGAAAUUGACGCGGCGUACACCAACCUGCCGAAACUGAGCGCGUUGCUGGCGUUUAUGGAGGGCCGUGGCCGGGAGAUGCGGUGGCGGUUCAGGCAGCUACAAAUCGACAUAUCCCCGCAGGUUCCCGUGGAUGUCUUGGUGCGUGCCCUGCCGUUUCUCGCGACGCUCGGCUGCACGGAGCAGAUUGCGCGGGUGAUUGAGUUGAUGUUUCAUGAGGACUUGAGGGUGCGGCGGGCGGCCGUGGACGCCGUUGUGACGCUCUGCGAGAAGCUCAUUUCACAGUCUGAUAAUGAGAAGGACGACGGCAGUGCCUCGCAUCCGAUACAGCGGCUCAACAACACCGUCACGGGCGCCGUGGGGAAGCUGCUCGAUGUGGCCGUGGCCGACCGCGAUGCGGAGCUUCGCUACAACGUCCUGUGCCGGCUUUCCACCCCGUUUAACUUGUACCUCUCGCUGCAGGAUCACCUUGACGCCCUCUUGAUGGCGCGCAACGACGUUUCUAAGAAGGCACGGGACCGGACACUGGUGCUGCUGUGUCGGCUGCAUCCCUGCAACCCUGCGAUUGUGCACUCGCAGCUGCUGCGCCAGCAGGAGUACAUGUUGCGCGAGAUUGAGGCGAAGGACGGUUCCAUGUCCGCGGCCAUCUACCAGGCAUCGCUGCUGCAAAUGACGGCGGAGCACGACACGCUGCUGCUGCAACCCCGCACUGUGGAGGUUGCGGUGCUGGAGCGGUUGCAGCGGCAACCGUUUAUUUCCAAGAGUUUCUCCAUCGCCCUGCUGAACCUGUUACGCGUGAUCCUGGACCGCACGGGACCGCACGGCCACUGCGACGCCAACCAGCUGCUUCAGCCUGUGCUGCAUAUCAUCAACGGAAGCACCUCCUCCAGACGGCGCAAGGCGGCGCUCGAGACCCUCUGCUCUAUACUGACGACGAUCACGGUGAAGAAGCAGCUCAACUACGUGGGUAUAUACCUGGCGCUCGCACGUAUCAUUCGCUCCGAGGCGGAGGAGGAUGAGGAUGUCAAUUAUGCCGCCAUGAAGGCGCUUAGUGUGCUGGGAGCCGUGAAUCCCAUCAAGCUUCGCCUUGUAUUGAAGGCCCUCGAGGAAGAUGUAAUCGAGGAGGCGGAGGAGGUGGUGACCUCCGCCUUGGCGCGCUACAAGCCACGCAUGCGCGUCAGCCAGCACAUGACGGAGCGCUAUCCCUCGAUUCUGCUGUACCUGCUUGUAAGGACGCUGCAGCAGAGCUCCGACCCCGAGCAGCAGGCGGACACCAUCGCCACCAUCAGUUGCAUGAUUCGUGAGAUUCCCGGCCACCAAAAGGCGAUACUGCUGACGCACUUUCUCCCGCAGCUGCAGACGUGGCUCGCCGACCCAGAGCGCGACCACCUGUACGAGGGCAUUCUAGUGCUCAUGACAGAGUUGGCCACCCUGCUGCGGUGUUUCAGGGACAUCAUACCGUCCAACACGGGCUCCGAGCUUCUUCAUUCGAUACGAUUGUUUUGUUUGCUUCCACAGGCGUCACAAAAGCCGCUUAAUUCGGGCGUAGUGGAGCUACUGGAUGAAGUCGCCCGAAGCCUUUCUGCACAGGAAAUGCGAGAUCAUCGUUGGGCGGUGGAGUUUAUUCAUCAACGCGUCUCACAGGAUAAAUCUGACCUAGAUCUAGUUCUGCGUGCUGUGAAGUCACUGGAAUCAUUUUUGGCUGUCUUGCACGAAAAAGAUCUUCAGUCGGUCCUACCACAUGUGCUUCAAUGCAUUGAGCCGGAGGACGCGACGCCGUCGGCCUUGCGCCCCAAGUCAAAGGACAUCAAUGCAGCCUGCUUUGACUUUUUAAAUCAAAUCAUGGUGAAACAGCCAUCGCUGGUGAAGGACUGCUGCGCCGAAAUUGUGCACACGGUAAUGUGGUACAUUGAACACACCAACAGCCAGGAGGAGAUUGAGAUGGGCUUUAGCACCCUGGCCUUCCUCGUUGACUUGGUGAAUCGCCAGGCGAAGCGCUUCAUAGUUCCUAUUCAACACAUUGCGGAGCAAAAGGGCUUUUCAGAUUCCAUGUUUCUUGCCUUGCUCAACUCGGCAGCCCACGGCUUUCUGAAGGUGCGUGUCCCGUCCACCAAGCGGGAUAAACUCAAACCUGAACUGCCUCUUAGCGUCGUGUCCCACCUGCCAGGGCUCUCACGGGAGGACUUUGAGGAGGAGAUGCUGAAUACGUUGAAGCUUGGCAGUGACCACUUUACGGUGAUGGGUGUCUCACACCAGAGCGGACAGACGGUCAUAAACCUGCGCUUUUGCGGUGGCGAGGAGCUGGCGACUAACUUUCGCUCCUUCACCCGCAAGGCGCAGGAGACGCAGUCCGUGCUAAGGCGCAACUUGGGCAUACUCAAGCUGGACCAGACGCCGUUGAACGAGUGCAAGGUGAAUGAGGCGCUCCUGCAAAAGAUUGCCACGAUUCCGGUGGCCAACAAAAAGAAACGGGAGCAGUCCUGGAUUGCCUGGUUGCAUAAAACAUCGCUGGAGAUGCUUGGCAACUCCCCGGUUCAACCCUUGCGUUGCACGGCGGAACUCGCCAAAUAUAAUAGUGAUCUAUCAAGGGACUUGUUCACCUUUGCGGCAGCGGCCUUUAUUGCACCACUUGACAAGGCCCAACGGGCGCUUGUCAUGAACACCUUCACCCGUGCGCUGGAAAUGUCUCCCAAUGACAUUAAACAAAUUUUGUUUGGCUUUGCGGAGUUUUUUGAGUCUGAACGCGGGAAGAACAAAUUGGAGCUGGUAAAAAAGACGGUGACCAUGACGUGUGUGGUGGAACGGGAGGACGUGGACAAGAAGUUUGGGAUCAACUACGAUCAAAGCGCCAGAGGCAUUGUGGUGACAAAGUUAGAGCCGAACGCUCCAGGCGCCAAGGCGAAGGUGCCUGUGGGGGCGCUGUUAGUCGCCAUCAAUGGAAGAAAGGUAACGGCUGUCAGUGAGAUUGUUUCACUCAUUAAGGGAAUUAACAGAAUUGAACUUACACUCAACUGCGAAGUUGAAGAGUGGCAAAGACCGGAGUCUAAACCGCUCAUGGACCUUGACGUCUUAGCACGUGUUGCCUUUGACUCCCAAAUGCACGCGAAAGCCAUAUAUUUAAACGAGGUGUUGUUUGAUCAGCUCUUUAGCGGGUUGGGGGAGCAGGUUUCCUGUCGUCAGGACACCGCGGUUCGCUCCGCGCUGCAGGUGGCGGAGCGACUCAUUGAGUUUUACGACCACCUGGGGUUAAGCAUGGUCGCGAAGGGCCUGGUGAAGAAAAUGUCCGCCAAGUUUUCAGGGAACAUCAUUGCGCCAGAGCAGUUUGGGUUCGAUGAGGUGGGGGCGUUGGAGCAGUUAAACUGGUGGGGUGAGGCACUGGCUCGCUACGAGUCUCGCAUGCUCAACACGGAUGGCUCGAUUAACACCUCCUCCCUCCUGGGGGCCCUGCGCUGCCUUGACGCGUUGGGCGAGACCAUUGAAAUGGAGGCGGUAAUUAACAAAAAUUGGGUGCAGCUGGACCGGGAGUCUCGCGCCGAAGUGGCGCCGUUGAAGGCGAAGGUGGCGCUGGCGUUGGGCCGGUGGCAGCAGUUUGACGACCUGACGGAGGAGCCUGGCGUGCUGGAGGGGCUGGGCAUGGUGGAGCGUUGCGCUGCGCUGUUUAGGCGGCAUCGCCACGAGGAACUCCUGCGCUUCACGAAGGAGCGCCGUGAGUCGCUCUUUGACGCCUUCUCGGAGUCUUUUAUGGAGAGCUACAACCGCGCCUACGACAUGCUGGUGGAGCUGCAGCACCUGUGCCACUUUGAGGAACUGGUCUCGUUCGUCAACUCCGGAGCUGAGCGUAGGUGCAUGCUAAAGGAGCUGUGGCACUGGCGCCUGGCGCAAAUGUCGUCCCGUCCGGCGCAUCUGCGCACCCUCAUUACCAUAAAUUCUCUCGUGCUUUCCCCCGCGUCGGACUUGGCCUCCCAGGUGAUGUGUAUUCGCGCGUUGUCAAGGUCGCAGUGGACCUCGUUUGCGGAUCACAUGUUGAACCUCUUGCUAGAACCGGCUGGGGACUACCAGGCCCUCUGCAGCCAAGACCCGGACGUCAUACACGCCUACAUGAAGCACUGCUACGCGACGAAGAGUAGACGGGAAACGGUGCGUCUGCUUUCCGACAUUCUCACGCAACUGCAGGUGGGUCCUGACGACGAGCGGGCGGAGGCGUGGGGUUGCUGUUGGUUGUUGUUGGGUGAAUGGACGAUGCACCUCUUUCCAGAUAAGGGAGAUGAGGCGAUUGAGCAGCUGAAGAAGGCAACCGAGCUGUGCCCCAAAAACCACCUGGCGUUUCAUUCCUUGGGUAUUUUGCACUACGACAUGUCUCGUGAUCCGAGUACGCCGCUUGAGGUGCAGACGGGGCACCACGUGAGUUCGAUUACGGCGCUUUUUAAGUCGGUGGAGCUUUCCAGUAGCCAGGGCGACGGCGUCAUGGAGGAUGUGCUGCGCAUACUCUCCAUCUGGUUCUCCCACAGCACGCUGCUGGAGAUCAACGAGGUGAUCAAGGAAGGGAUUGACAGGGUGCCGGAUUAUGUCUGGCUGAAGGUGAUUCCGCAACUCGUGGCACGCAUCGGCAUCACGGCAAAGGCGGCACGGUCUAUUCUCACUGAGCUGCUCGUGCGGGUCGGGUCCAAGUACCCACAUGCGCUGAUUUAUCCCUUGACGGUGACGGAAAAGUCUCCGGAGGCCAUUCGGCAGCUGAUGGCGGAGCGCGUGCUGAAGGGGAUCCGGGUCUCGAAUGGGCCGAUGGUGGGUGAGGCCUCCCUGAUCAGCAACGAGAUGGUGCGCAUUGCCAUUUUGUGGGCGGAGAAGUGGCACAGCCACAUUCAGCAGGCGGCGGAAAAGCAAACUGACGCGAGCGCCAUUCUACGCAUCCUCAGUCCCUUGUAUUGGGAGCUGGAGAACCCGCGGACGCCCAACGAGUGCGGCUUUGAGAAGACCUACGGCCCGACGCUGCGCCACGCCAGGGUGGCGCUGCAAAACAACACUUUAGACCAGGCGUGGUCGUUGCUGAAGCAGGUGUAUGUGCAGCUAAACAAGGCCACCGGGGAGCGACGACUCCUAAUGGAGGACUUGUCCCCCACAUUGGGAAGCAUCAGGGAAAGUAUUGUAGCCGUUCCGGGCUCAUUUGUGCUUGGCCAACCCCUCAUCACGAUUCAGAAGUUUCAUCAGCGGGUGUUUGUCAUGUCCUCGAAGCAGAAACCACGACGCCUUGGGUUAGACGCCUCAAACGGGCAGAAGUAUCGUUUCCUCUUGAAGGGGCAUGAGGACCUGCGGCAGGAUGAACGUGUGAUGCAGUUUAUUGAGUUUGUUAACACCAUUUUUCUCACCGACAGCUCCUCCAGCGCCAUUGGACUGACAAUUCCUCAGUACGCCGUCAUUCCCUUAACAGACAACGUCGGCAUUAUUGGCUGGGUCGAAAACACAGAGACCAUCUACCGUCUGCUGGAGACACGACGCAAGGAGCACGGUAUUUCCAUCUACGAAGAGGUGCAUAUGAUUCUCCGGAAUGGGUCGCUGCGUAAUAUUGAGGACUAUCACCAGCAAAGCAAGGAACGACGCAAGAGCAUGUUAAGCGAAGUCAUUAAUAACACCCCCGAUGAUGAACUGCGACGCAUUAUUUGGGACAAGAAUGACACCUGUGAGCAGUGGUUGGAGUAUCGUGUGACCUAUGGUCACACCCUGGCGAUCAUGUCUAUGGUUGGCUACGUGCUGGGGCUUGGUGAUCGCCACCUGAACAACCUCAUGCUUCAGGGCAGAGGCGCUGUUGUCCACAUCGACUUUGGUGACUGCUUUGAGGUGGCUAUGCAUCGUGCGCUCUACGCAGAGGCUGUGCCGUUUCGCCUGACGCGUCUGCUUGUGAGUGCGCUUGGCAUCACUGGGGUGGAUGGGGUCUAUCGCCUGACCUGUGAGCUUGUCAUGAAGAACCUGCGCCGGCACUGCGAGAAUCUCCUUUCCAUUCUCGAGGCCUUCAUCUACGACCCGCUCAUCAACUGGCGUCUUGCAAACGUCGGCGACGGCGACCGAUCCUUUUCGCGGACGGAAAGCGCGGUGCGGGGAGGCGACAACAACCUCCUUAGCCCAGUGAACUCAAACGCAAGGGAGCCGCAGAUGCAGCUGUCCUACUCCGUGGCGCGGGUACGCGAGUUCGUUGCGGGGGCGACCGUCGACCAACUGAACGAGGAGGAGACGCGCAACAUCCAGGGUGACCUGGCCCUCGCCCGCGUCCGCGCCAAGCUGACAGGUGAGGACUUUGAUGCCGUGAACAACAGUUCCCUCUUCCACAGUUCUCGGCGGGAUGCCUGCGAGGACCCCGGCGAGGACUCCGGCGACGGCUCUUCUUGCGGCUCGCAUAGCUACGGGGACUCCCAGAAGGACUAUUUUGGCAUGGGGAACCCGGUACGGACGACGUACCUGUCGCUGCGGCUGGUGAACGGCGGGGCCAACUGCCUUGACGUGCCGCACCAAGUCGAUCGUCUCAUUCAGGAGGCCACCAGCCUUGACAACCUCGCCGAGGCGUACAUCACUGGCUGGGCCCCAUUCUGGUAG